AUGAAGGUAUUCACAACCACGGUGACUCUUAUAUUGUCAUCCCUAACUCUCCUCACUGGAGCGAUAAGCUCCGGCAUGUUCGCCAGUUUGGAGAGUCUGGGUGAAAUUGCCGACUUCUACAACCAGCUAGAAGGCGCGACUCUUAAGCUCAGAUCGAACGAGACCCAUGCAUUUGACUACUCAUUAGUCUACGACAAUGGCACAAUCGAGACCAACAAGAAAGUGACGAUUGCGUUACCCAGCUCUGAGAUCGAACACGACGCUGAAGAUGAAAAAGUUGAUAAGCGUGCCAACCAAAGCUGCUUUAAUAAGCAAAACCGCUCUAAAGGGGCUGGUUGUCCUGUGAACAAAGGGCUAGGCUACUCGUCUGGCCACAACUGCAAAUCGAUCUUUAGGGGGAAGAUGUAUUCCUGUCAGAUCAGAUGCCCGGAUGGCGAAGGUGGAAAUGACUGUUUUGUGGAGGAGUGCAUCAAGGUCAACCAGGCGGGAGGAUUGGAAGGUGGCUACUGCUAUAAUUAA